UUGCUUUGACCUUUCAAGGAAGUCAGUAGAACCAAUCGGUUCCUGUUUUGUGCACAUGGGUUCUACGCAAGCGCAGUAUCAAACUGUGAUAGACGCGUGUGAGAAAGGUCGUGAUGCUUUAGAAAGAAAUUUGCCCAGAGCAUCUGAGAACACGUUCAAGCCAUCUUCCCUAUCAUCAUAUUUCUUUGGCUUGUGGUCCCUACAAGGAAGAAUAUGUUGAAGUCAAAAACGUUUAUGAAGAAAACCCGUUCUGGUGGCAUUUUAAAGAUUGUCAGAGAACAUUAUCUGCGUGAUGAUAUUACCUGCGGUUGCAAAGGAUGUGACGAGUGCCAGCAGGAGAGAGCAAUCUUGGAGCUUGAGCCCAUUUUAGAGAGCUCACUUUGCACAACAGCGCACUAUUUGCUACCAGACACCAAUGUACUACUCCAUCAGAUUGAUAUCCUUGAGGACCCCAUCCUUAAAAAUGUGAUUUUACUGCAGACUGUUCUACAGGAAGUAAGGAGUCGUAGUGCUCCAGUUUACAAAAGAAUUAAAGAUCUCUUACACAAUCCUGAUAAGUGUUUCUAUGCAUUCACCAAUGAGCAUCAUAGAGAAACCUACUUAGAACAGGAGCAGGGAGAAAAUGCAAAUGAUCGCAAUGACAGAGCCAUUAGAACUGCGACUAAAUGGUACAAUAAGCACUUAAAAAAAUCUCCAAAAAUGGCUGAUGUCCAGGUGAUUUUAAUAACAAAUGACAGACGAAACAAAGAGAAGGCAGUGGAAGAAGGAAUUGUGGCAUAUACAUGUGAAGAAUACAUUAAAAGUUUGACUGCUAACCCUGAACUUGUUGACCGACUUGCCUGUGUUAAUGAUGAAAAGAAUGAAGUAGAAAGUGGAAGGUUAAUUUUUGCCGAACACCUUCCGUUGUCAAAGUUGCAACAAGGUAUAAAGUCUGGUGCAUACCUGCAAGGAACCUUCCGUGCAAGCAGGGACAACUACCUGGAGGCCACAGUAUGGGUUCAUGGGGAUUCAGCAGAAAACAAAGAGAUCAUUGUACAAGGACUGAGGAAUUUAAACAGAGCCAUGCAUGAAGAUAUUGUCGCUGUGCAGUUGCUGGACAAAGAGAACUGGGUGACUAUGUCAUCUGUCGUACUGCAGGAUGAAGGUGAUAGUGAUGAUAUUGAGUCUGUAGAGGAAAAAGAAAAAAUGCUGAAGACUGCUGUUAAUAGCGUAAAAAAACCUUCUGGACAAGUAGUGGGGAUUAUAAAGAGGAACUGGAGACCAUAUUGCGGCAUGCUGUCCAAAUCACAGAUUAAGGAGUCCACGAGGCAUUUAUUCACGCCUGCAGAAAGGAGAAUACCACGAAUCCGUAUAGAGACAAGACAGGCGUCUACUUUAGAAGGACAGAGGAUCAUUGUUGCUGUUGACGGCUGGCCUAGGAACUCCAGAUAUCCUAAUGGACACUUUGUAAAGAGCCUGGGAACUGCUGGUGAUAAAGAAACAGAGACAGAAGUGUUACUCCUGGAACAUGAUGUUCCUCACCAACCAUUCUCCCAGGCUGUUCUCAGUUUUCUUCCCAAAAUGCCGUGGACCAUCACACCAGAGGAUAUGAAGAACAGAAUUGAUCUGAGGCAUCUUUACGUGUGCAGUGUUGAUCCUCCUGGCUGCACUGAUAUUGAUGAUGCACUACAUUGUAGAGAGUUGGAAAAUGGAACUUUAGAGGUCGGAGUCCACAUCGCAGAUGUCAGCCAUUUUAUUAGGCCUGGAAAUGCUCUGGACCAGGAAUCUUCUAACAGAGGAACAACUGUAUAUCUCUGUGACAAAAGAAUUGACAUGGUUCCAGAACUGCUGAGCUCAAAUCUCUGUUCGUUAAGGUCUAACGUAGACAGAUUGGCAUUUUCCUGUAUUUGGGAAGUGGAUGAAAACGCUAAUAUUUUAAAUACAAAGUUUACUAAAAGUGUCAUUAAUUCAAAGGCUUCCCUUACAUAUGCAGAAGCACAGAUGAGAAUUGAUUCACCAAACAUGAACGAUGAGAUCACUCAGAGUCUUCGAUUGCUAAAUAAACUAGCUAAGAUUUUGAAGAAACGGCGAAUAGAUAAUGGUGCUUUAACGCUGUCUUCGCCUGAGGUUCGAUUCCACAUGGACAGUGAAACCCAUGAUCCCAUAGACCUGCAAACUAAGGAACUGAAGGAAACCAAUUCUAUGGUUGAAGAAUUCAUGUUGUUGGCCAAUAUUUCUGUGGCACAGAAGAUUUACGAUGAGUUCUCAGAAUAUGCCCUGCUUCGCAAACAUCCAUCUCCUCCUCCUGCUAAUUAUGAUAUUCUGGUUAAAGCAGCCAAAUCUAAGAAUUUGGACAUUAAGACUGACUCUGCCAAAGCUCUAGCUGAUUCUUUAGACAAAGCUGAAUCACCGGGGUUUCCUUACAUGAACACUCUAUUGAGAAUUCUGGCUACACGAUGCAUGAUGCAGGCAGUUUAUUUCUGCUCUGGAAUGGAUAACGAUUUCCAUCACUAUGGUCUAGCUUCUCCUAUUUACACCCACUUCACUUCUCCCAUCAGAAGGUAUGCUGAUAUUAUAGUACAUAGACUUCUUGCUGUAGCCGUGGGAGCUGAUUCCACUUACCCAGAUCUUACAGACAAACACAAAAUAGCAGACAUCUGCAAAAAUAUCAACUUCCGGCAUAAAAUGGCGCAGUAUUCGCAAAGGGCAUCUGUUGCGUUUCAUACUCAGUUGUUUUUCAAAAACAGAGGAAUAGUAAAUGAAGAGGGCUUUAUCCUCUUUGUUCGAAAGAAUGCAAUAGUGGUUCUAAUUCCAAAAUUUGGCUUGGAAGGAACAGUCUUUUUUGAAGAAAAGGACAAGAAAAAAACAAAUUUGGUUUUCAAUGAUGAGGUUCCCUUUUUGAAAGUAGAAAAUACAACUUUUCAUAUGUUUGACAAAGUAAAAGUAAAAAUCUCAUUAGAUGCAUCCAACAUCCAGCAUCAGAAGAUCCGCAUGGCUCUUGUUGAACCCGAGAUACCUGGAGUGACAUCACAUGAAGAUAUUGCAACAAACACAAAUGGGGAGCCAGUUCCCAAAAAGAGUAAAUCAUAAAAGUAGUUUGUUAGUAGAUUUUCCUUUUUUAGAUUCCAGACAUCUUUUAAAUUGUUUUAUAUUUGCAUUUCACAGUAUAAAAUUGUAGAAAAGUGAUAUUGUCUUGAGGAUUUUAUUUUUAUGCUAUUGUGAUCCUACGUUCUCCAUAUAAGUAUUUUGUAAUGGAAUGCAAAUGUUAAUGGUAUUUUAAUACCAUAAUAAAAAUCCUUUAGACAAAAA